AUGGCCAAAACGCUUCUCUCUGUCGUCCGCCUCCAGCGUCACCUCGCGGCCAGAAUUAUCAUCUCAACCCAGGAACCUACGGUAUCAAUGGACCUGCUCAACCUCUGUACCGCAGCCGUUGUUCACCGGUUCACCCCCUCCGAGUGGUUGAGAAUUCUGCAGAAGCAUCUGGCGGGUGCGACUACUAAUCCUUCCGCUCGGAAGAAGGGUAAGGCUGGAGGUAGAGGCACUGAUGGCGAAGAAGGGCAGCUCGACGGAGCAAACGAGAAGUCCUUGUUUGACCACGUUCUAAUAUUCGUCUCCAUUGUAGACGAUGCGAUUGAUGAAGAAGGCGGCUACGAACUUCGCAGGCUGGGGUCGGAAUAUCUCGCCAUUAGGGUCCGGCAGAGGAUCACCAAAGAUGGAGGUAAAAGUUUGCUCGCGGUCUGA